UAACUAGGUAGUCGUAAAUCCAUUAUAUCUAAUCGUAAUUAACGAAUAAUAAGGAAACUGUCCGGCAGCAGAAAGAUGAAUUAAAUUCGAAUCUGUUAUACGUUACUAGAAAAGAAGGAAAAUGAUUUUUCUUAAGAAAUUGUGUUGUGGUGUUAAAGAUGAAAAUGCCGUACAAAGAACAGGUCCUGUGAUAGGCAUCCGCCAUUUGCAAGUACUCUUCUACUUCCUCCUGCUCACCUACACCUACUGCAUGCGCACGGUACUCUCGGUAUCCGUAGAAGCAAUGAUCAACAGCACCACCACCAACCCAAACAUAGAGACCUACGACUGGGAGAAGAAGCGCAGCGUCCUGCUGUCGUCCUUCUUCUGGGGCUACUUCGUCCUGCAGAUACCGGUCGCCUAUUUGGGGAAGAUGUACGGCCCCAAGUCGAUGCUGGUGGUUUGCUCGCUGGUGGACUCCACCUCGUGCUUGCUGAUACCCACCAUGGCGCGGCGUUUCGACGCCUACGGCGUCAUCGCCUGCAGGAUCUUCCAAGGACUGGCCCAAGGAGGCAUCGCCCCUUUGGUGCACUCGCUUUUGGGGCGUUGGGCGCCUCCUUCCGAGAGAUCUGUACUGGGAACGGUGACGUACACCGGUGCUGUGUUUGGUAAUAUUCUCGCUCUGCCGAUCACAGGGGUGAUAUGUUCGAGUUGGGCCGGCUGGCCGGCUUCGUUCUAUCUGUUCGGGGCGUUGGGCGUGAAAUGGGCGAUGUUGUGGGCGAUUUUCGGCUCGAAUACUCCGCGCGAUCAUAGACGGAUCACCGACGAGGAGAGAACUUACAUAUUGGAAUCGCUGGGUCAUCAAGAGGAGAAGGUGCACGAAACUCCUUGGAAGAGGAUUUUAACAUCGCCGCCUUUUUGGGCCAUCACGCUGGCCUUCAUAGGCGCCAAUUGGGGCAGUUCGGUCCUGUUGACGCAAACGCCGACGUAUCUGAACAAAAUUUUAGAGUACGAUAUCAAAACGAACGGUCUCUUAUCCGCUGCUCCUUAUCUAGCCAUGGGAAUUUGCUCCAUAGCAUUCAGCUCGAUAUGCGAUUGGAUUAUCAACAGGAGCAUCGUCGAAAGAGGAACAGCCAGAAAAAUCUUCAACAGCAUAGGAACUCUACUGCCCGCCCUCAGCCUCACCAUCGUAGGUUUCAUUCCGAAAGGGCACAGCACCCUCUCGGUGGCUCUUUUGAUCUUCAACGGUGGCCUCACCGCCGGCGGAAUUUGCGGGUUCCAAGUGAACCACGUGGACUUGUCGCCGAACCACUCGGGCAUCCUGAUGGGCAUCACCAACAGCUGGACGAGCAUCUUCUCGAUCAUAUCGCCGUUGAUAGUGCAGUUUAUCGUUACCGAUGACACUAAUCAAACACAAUGGAGGACGAUUUUUCUGAUAUCGGCCGGUAUAUACGCGGUGACCGAUUUGUUUUUUAUUGUAUUCGCCUCGGGCGAGGUGCAGGAGUGGAACAAUUGCGAGGAUAUGGCAGGAGAUGCGGAAAAUGCCCGAGGAAAAUCCGAUGAAGAUGAACCGAUCGAGAACGGUACCAUCGAGAGAUAUUAGACGAAUUGAUUAAAUUAUAACCUGUGAUCUCGUAAUCAUACAUUUAUUAACUGUUGUCUCUUUUUUUUUUAACUAUUUUUAUCUAUUAUAGGAAUAAAACA